GCAGCUUGGGUUGGGCUGAAUUGGCUAACAAGUGAGCAGAACACCGGCGAACGGCGCGGCAUUCGCUGACGGACGAGCGGCGCUGAAGCAACAACAAGUGGCGACAGAUCCCCCUUUAAAAAAAAGGAGGCAUCCAUACAAAACCCAGUAAAUAACAACAAAAAGAAAAUCCAGGAUGGGAAGCUGUUGCUCGAAGGAUCUGGACGAUAAGCGCUCCUGGAGCCCCGAGGAGACCAAAAACGGCAGCACCACCUCGACCAUCAUUGCCCAGCCGCUGGACGAGGUCGGCACCACCGGGGUCUUCACACUCACACGCACCACCACGAACACCACCAGCAGCACCACGCGACAGGAGAAGACGGUGACCACCACCAACGACGACGAGCAGGAUUAGAGGGAAUAGCUGGCCAUCCCAUCCCAUCCAGUUAUGGACUUACUAUCCACUAAAUAUAUGCCAUUUUUUUUUACACCUUUUGUUGAAACAAUUUCAAUGCCAUGAGUGUUUGCUCAGUGUGUGUGUGAGUGUGUGAGUGCGGUGUGUGUGUGUAUGAAUACCGGAAUGUACAUACCGACAGUGUGAAUAUGAAUAUACGAAUCAAGUUAAGCUGUUAACGAGUAAUUAAUAAUUGUUAUGCGCCUGAAUACCAAUUUCGUAAUAAAUUGUUGAAUCGCUAAACA